CUUUAUUUGCGGUGAGCGCAGCGAGGUGGUCGCGCACUCGCAAAGGCGUUCUGCAAUUUCUACAUCGUACGGCGACUAACAGCGUCUUCCAGUGCCAAGUGGUUCUUUCGGGCGGCACACACCAGGCGUGAGCGACUCCCAGUCAUCUUCGCUGGAAAACGACACGGAUGCGGCAUGGGUUCGGAGGCGCCGAACUUGUGGAGUUACAGCGGCCAGCUGAACCAGCUCUGUCCCGACCUGCUGCCGCUCGCCAAGGUGCACGCGGACCUGCGGUGGUCCUUCACGCCUUUCACGGACCGGCGUCUGGACCACAGCGUGGGAUGCACGCACGGGUUGGGUGGUGGUGACACCAAUGGGGGCCGGCUGUGCCAUGUGUUUGCCUGUCUCUCAGCAUGGAAUGAAUUGCUAGUGUUCAUCAACAUGGAGCUACGCGAAGCACCUCCCGGUGAGCUCUCACUGACGCGAAUCCGUGGAGCGUCCCCCACUGAUCUCAGCGAUUGGAUCCCUGGUUGGAUCUCCCACAUGCGCAACGGCGCAGUCCUGUUCCACUGGCUCCUUACAGUGCACCGCUGCGUCCGUCGUGUCGAACUGGACGUGCCCGGGGUGCAGAGAUUCGGCCCGUACUCUGCGCUGUACUGCGACGCCUUGCAUCGUAGCGCGAACCUUCGCGAGCUCACUCUGCGCGGGGGGCGCUCGAAUCGGAACGCAACCAAACACCUCGUCGCGUCCGUUGCCCACAUGAAACACCUAGAGAUGCUGGACUGCACGGAUGUGGACUUCUCAGAAGACGCAAGUUUCGGAGAGUACAUCGCUACCACAGAAACGCUGAAGCAGCUCACGUUGAUUAACGUUGAUGCGUAUCCCGGCUGUCUUUCCCUUCUCCUGAAGGCACUUGUCUGUAACAGCUCCAUAACUGAACUCUCGAUCAACAUUGAGUUUUUAGGGGCGGGCAGCGAUGACGCGUUUUGCUCUUACCUUAAGGAAACUGCCAUCCUCACGCGCCUCAACCUAAGCAAACAUUCCUUCAGGCAAUGCUAUUACCUGGGGUCAGUGUUCGAGGCCAUGUCGAAAAACAAGAGCGUCUCGAAACUAUACCUUGUCGGAUUUACCCUGACGACAUCAGAUGCGUGGUCAUUUGCCCGUUUGUUGGACGCGAAUCGCGCUCUUAGAAUAAUUGGUUUGAAGUGUUGCGAAUGGAGCCUACAGACGGACGAGUAUUUGUACCCGCUGUCGCGGAGUUCAAAGAUUGGGGAGUUGGCCCGCACUGAUCGAACCCUCUGGAAUGUACUUCCUCUCGCCGUAGCCUUGGAAAUUGACUCCGGCCUUGAAGAAAUUGGGCUAAAUGUGAGCGCUUUCAAUGCUGCCGAGCAACACGCCGUGCUAAGCGCGAUCGCGUCCAAUAGUGCUAUCAAGAAGGUCGAAUUUGAAGUAGCCUCCGACACCUUAAGCUCCUUGUGCGAAGCCCUCCGAGUUACAGGCACAAAAGACAGAGUGGACUUGGGCGUCGUGGACACGUGCGUAGGAGACCUGAUCCGUGUACAAACGUCCUGCAAGGAAGCCAAUGAGCUUCGUCUGGAGAUUACCGGUUACGAUGAUGCUAAAGCAAUUCUAGAUUGUGUUAAGGUGCUGCCCUCCUGCACCCGUUUGGUCGAGAUGCACGUCUGCCUGCAGCAAACGCCAUUUAACAUCGAAGCAUGCCGUCUUCUCUCACAGUGCAUAGAGCACAGCCAGUCUUUGCGACGACUCUGCAUGAUGUUCUUCGCGAGUGGAGACGCGGUGUUGCUUAUAAUAAAGGCACUCUUCCGCAACGGCACACUAGCAGAUAUUAAUAUCAAAAAUUGGCAGCUGAACGACGAAAGCGGCUCUUUACUUGCAAGUCUGGUGGCGAACAGCAAGUUUAUCACCCACUUCCAUUUCAGAUCAGCUUGGCAUUUGGGGCACGUACCCCUCAUGGCCCUUCUGAUCAAACAGCUUAAAAACAAUACUACCUUGGUGCACUUGCACAUUGACGAAAAUUACAAUUCUCCGAAGGAAGUGGCUUCGGCAAUGAACAUUGUAAGACGGAACGCGGCGCUCCUUGAUUACGGAGCGCUCUUUGUGAUGGGUUCAAGGAACAAGUGCUACGCGGAAGCUUUCGAGCGAGUCGCCCACAGUCCGGCCCUCUUGGCAAGGUUGCAAGAACAGCCCGAAGUUUCGUGUCAACGUCAAGCGAAGGAUGCAAUCCAGGAAGCUACGCGAUGGCUCACGGAUAUGGAAUCGUUCAUGAAAGUUGCGGGCAUCGUGAAGAAUUGCUUGUCGUGGGAUGAGAGCGUCGAACAUCGCCAACGCUUGGAUGUUCUGCCUUUUGACUGUUGGCUUCAUGUGAGGCAGUACAUAAAGGUCGCUGACGUGCUGCAUGAUAAGCGACUCGCCACUCCUACUGCGCGACCCAAGCGUGACCCGUCACCACAAGUGAUGCGGAGAAGACGCGGCUACAAAGCUCCUUGCUUCCGCCAUGAUUUGAGCGGGAUGCCUUAAAUAAAAAGAAAGCCAUAAACGCGUGCGAGCCCUCAGCAAACAUGUUCACCUUGUUUAUUGAAUUCUAAAAUGCCCCAUAAUUGUUAUGUUCUCUUCGAAAAAAAGAGAGAUAAUUCAGUUCAUGUUACUAUUGAACUAUAAUAACAGUACAAAAGAUUGCUAAGCAGUGCAUUAUGCUUUAUGAUGAAUACCAAUAAAAUGCGCCUGUCACACAUCAUAUGGACUGAA